UUCUUGGUUGAGCGAAAUGGCCGAUGAGUUUCCGUGGUGCCUGACGAUCGAUGUGCCGUUCCCGACUGCGCGACUGGCAACGAUCGCAUACAACACGCUGGUCGUCGACGAAGAGCCAAAGAAGUCGGACGUCCGCAAGACACUGCAACUCUUACAGAAUGACACAGUCCUGAGCAUACAUUUUGCAGCGCGGGAAGGACGGCUUUUGCGAUCAGCAACACAGUCCAUGAUGAACUUUCUGCGACUCACAAUCGACACAAUGCUUGCCUUCCCGGAUUACGCACGAUAGACGUGCUAGCGUUUGUUUGGUGAAGUAGGCGUUGACAAUAAUAACUCAACACAACGUGUAUUGUGUUUGGCUUUGUACAAACGAGGAACGAAGUCAAAAAAAUAGAAAAAAUUCAAAGCAAGGCGAAA